CAUUUUUGCAUUGUUCCUGGGUCCGGGUUCCCCCUGGUUGCAACCACCUCCGCCCCGCUCCUCCUCCGCCGCUGCGGACUCCGGCAGCUUUAUCGCCAGGGUCCCCCAACUCUCGCUUCUUUUCCAUCCCCCUCAUCGGAUCACCGACGUGCCCCACCAUGUCAGACUCAGCGGUGGACACCAGCUCCGAGAUCACCACCAAGGACUUAAAGGAGAAGAAGGAAGUUGUGGACGAGGCAGAGAAUGGAAGAGACGCCCCUGCUAAUGGGAACGCUAAUGGGGAACUUGGGGAGCAGGAGGCUGACAAUGAGGUAGAUGAAGAAGAGGAAGAGGAGGAGGAAGGUGAUGGUGAAGAAGAGGAUGGAGAUGAAGAUGAGGAUGCUGAGGCCGCCACAGGCAAAAGGGCAGCUGAAGAUGGUGAGGAUGAUGAUGUUGAUACCAAGAAGCAGAAGACUGAGGAGGAUGACUAGACAGCAAAAAAGGAAAAGUUAAACUUAAAAAAAGAAAAAGGCCACCGUGACCUAUUCACCCUCCACUUCCCUCUCAGAAUCUAAACGUGGUCACCUUCCAGUAGAGAGGCCCGCCCGCCGGCCCACCGCAGGCAGUGCCGCCCGCAGAUGACGUGAGCUCUUCACUACCCAACCAAAACCACGAGAAUUUGCAACAGGGGAGGAAAAAAGAACCAAAACUUCCAAGGCCCUGUUUUUUUUCUUAAAAGUA